UUUUUUUUUUUUAAACCCUAUUAAAUCAAAAGACUUCUUACAAGCUGUGCUAAGACCCAUCCCCACCGGAACCUGGGGAUAUUUAAUCAAAGAAUUACCAUUUAGGUUUAAAUUUUAAAGGUAAUCUCCGCAACUUCCGCUCCUAUAAAGCCCCCCAAAAGGGGGAGUUGGAAAAGUAUCGCGAGAAUCUAACGGGCUGCGUUUGCGGCUUGGGUCCCGUUCUCGCGUUUUCUGGUGAAGGAAUGUGUCGAGGUGAAAAGGGAAGCGCCAAGUAUCGCGGGAGUCCAGCGGAGUCUCGCGAUACUUGCGGCAUUCGCCCCUCCCCCUCCCCCUCUAGUGCCGUUUCGGUUUAAUCUAGUGUGUGAGUGAGUCUGGGCGAGGGAGUGAGAUGUGGCUGUGAGGUGUCGGUGUGAGGCGGAGGCUAGCGAAGGGGGCUCCCUCAGGCACGAGGGACAAAGGGGGGGAGCUGAGGCAACCUAGGCCGCGGAGGCCUGGCGACAGGAAGCCAGCCGCCCCGAGCCGGGCGACCGGGUAGGGGAAGGGCCUGCGUAGUCCUCCCGGGGCUCCAGAGCCGCCGUCGGCCCCACAGGCUCCGGCGGACGCCUUCCUACUUCCUUGAGCGCCAGGGCUCGCGGGCCCGAAUAUCGGCUCGGCGGGGGUGGGCGGCCGUGAGGGGCGGACUCGAGCAGCUCCCGGCGUCGCGCUCCUCCCGUGCCGAGGAACUCUUGGUUUCUUCCCUCUCUCCUUCACCCCCCACCUCAUGUAGGAGGGCGCUGAGGCGGCGAGAGGGAGGAGGAGCCUCGCCUGCGGUCCCUGCCCUCCCCACCCCCGUCUAGGGGCUCUUCGGGGGGCGUGGAGUCGGGGCUGGGGGGGAGGGUGGGGCUUUUUGGAGCGCCGGGGAACUUUUUCCCCUGCUUCAGGCCCGGGGAAAGGGAAUGCCCAAUUCCGAGAGACAUGGGGGCAAGAAGGACGGGAGCGGAGGAGCUUCUGGAACUUCGCAGCCGUCAUCGGGAGGUGGCAGCUCCAACAGCAGGGAGCGUCACCGCUUGGUGUCGAAGCACAAGCGGCAUAAGUCCAAGCACUCCAAAGACGUGGGGCUGGUGACCCCCGAAGCGGCAUCUUUGGGUACCAUAAUCAAACCACUGGUGGAGUACGAUGACAUCAGCUCUGAUUCAGACACCUUCUCCGAUGACACGGCCUUCAAAUCAGACCGGAGGGAGAACGAGGAACGUCGGGGAACGGAUCGGAGCGAUCGCCUGCACCGACAUCGUCACCACCAGCACCGGCGGUCCCGAGACUUGCUAAAAACUAAACAGACGGAAAAGGAAAAAAAUCAGGAAGUCUCCAAAUCUGGAUCUAUGAAGGACCGGGUAUCGGGCAGUUCCAAACGGUCCGUGGAGGGGAGUGAUGAUUAUGGGAAGGCCCAGCUAUCCAAAAGCGGCAGCAAGGAAUCCAGGUCGUCCAAAAUGCACAAGGAGAAGACCCGCAAAGAGCGAGAGUUAAAGUCUGGAUACAAGGACCGGAGUAAAAGUCAUCGGAAAAGGGAAACACCCAAAAGUUACAAAACCGUGGCUAGCCCUAAACGGAGAUCCAGGAGUCCCCAUAGGAAAUGGUCUGACAGUUCCAAGCAAGAUGACAGCCCUUCCGGAGCUUCUUAUGGCCAAGACUACGAUCUUAGCCCCCCAAGGUCUCACACUUCUAGCAACUAUGACUCCUACAAGAAGAGUCCUGGAAGUACCUCAAGAAGGCAGUCAAUCAGCCCACCUUACAAAGAGCCUUCUGCUUACCAGUCCAGCACUCGGUCACCCAGUCCUUACAGCCGACGACAGAGGUCUGUGAGUCCCUAUAGCCGGAGACGGUCCUCCAGCUAUGAAAGGAGCGGCUCUUACAGCGGGAGAUCACCCAGCCCCUAUGGCCGAAGGCGAUCAAGCAGCCCUUUCCUGAGCAAGAGGUCUCUGAGUCGGAGUCCACUCCCCAGUAGGAAAUCCAUGAAGUCCAGAAGUAGAAGUCCUGCAUAUUCAAGACACUCAUCUUCUCAUAGUAAAAAGAAGCGAUCCGGGUCACGCAGUCGUCAUUCCAGUAUCUCACCUGUCAGGCUUCCAUUGAAUUCCAGCCUGGGAGCUGAACUCAGUAGAAAAAAGAAGGAAAGAGCAGCAGCUGCUGCAGCAGCAAAAAUGGAUGGAAAAGAGUCCAAGAGUUCACCUAUAAUUUUGCCUAAAAAAGAGAAACUUGAGGUGAAGGAGUCAGGGUUAGAGUCUAAAAAGUUACCCAGAAGUAUAAAAUCAGAAAAAUCGACCCCAGAUACUGAACUGGUUACUGUAGCACAUUCAAACCCAGAGGUAAAACAUUGUUUAGACACAGGGAAGGUUAGGUUGGAUGAGAACUUGCAGAAGCAUCCUGCUAAGGAUUUGAAAGCACAGGGAACAAAGGACGUUAAACCUGUAGCACCGAAAGAGGUGAUUGUUACUUCAAAGGAGACAGAGACAUCAGAAAAGGAGACCCUUCCACCUCUUCCCACAAUUACUUCUCCACCCCCUUUACCAGCUACUACCCCUCCACCUCAGACACCCCCUUUGCCACCUUUGCCUCCACUACCAGCUAUUCCGCUGCAGCCACCUCUGCCUCCUCCCCAACCACCAUUUAGUCAAGUUCCUGUUUCAAGUACUUCAAUUUUACCCUCUUCUCCUCACCCAAGGACAUCUACUCUAUCCUCUCAGACAAAUUCUCAGCCCCCUGUACAGGUUUCUAUGAAGACUCAAGUAUCUAUAACAGCUGCUAUUCCACAUCUGAAGACUUCAACAUUGCCUCCUCUGCCCCUCCCUCCCCUAUUACCUGGAGAUGAUGACAUGGAUAGUCCAAAAGAAACACUUCCUUCAAAGCCUGCAAAGAAAGAGAAGGAACAGAGGACUCGCCACUUGCUUACAGACUUGCCUCUUCCUCCUGAGCUACCAGGAGGAGAUCCAUCGCCUCCAGAUUCUCCAGAGCCAAAGGCAAUUACACCACCUCAACAACCAUAUAAAAAGAGACCAAAAAUUUGUUGUCCACGUUAUGGAGAAAGAAGACAAACAGAAAGUGAUUGGGGGAAGCGCUGUGUGGACAAGUUUGACAUUAUUGGGAUUAUUGGAGAGGGGACCUAUGGCCAAGUAUAUAAAGCCAAGGACAAAGACACAGGAGAACUAGUAGCUCUGAAGAAGGUUCGGCUGGACAAUGAGAAAGAGGGCUUCCCAAUCACAGCCAUCCGGGAGAUCAAGAUUCUUCGUCAAUUAGUUCACCAGAGUGUUGUAAACAUGAAGGAAAUUGUCACAGACAAACAAGAUGCACUGGAUUUCAAGAAGGACAAAGGUGCCUUUUACCUUGUAUUUGAAUAUAUGGACCAUGACUUAAUGGGACUGCUUGAAUCAGGUUUGGUGCACUUUUCUGAGGACCAUAUCAAGUCAUUUAUGAAACAGCUAAUGGAAGGACUGGAUUACUGUCACAAAAAGAAUUUCCUCCAUCGGGAUAUUAAAUGUUCUAACAUUUUGCUGAAUAACAGCGGGCAAAUCAAACUGGCAGAUUUUGGACUUGCUCGGCUCUAUAACUCUGAAGAGAGUCGCCCUUACACAAACAAAGUCAUCACUCUUUGGUAUCGACCUCCAGAGCUUCUUCUUGGAGAGGAAAGAUACACACCAGCCAUUGAUGUUUGGAGCUGUGGGUGCAUCCUUGGAGAACUGUUCACAAAGAAACCUAUUUUUCAAGCCAAUUUAGAACUGGCUCAGCUAGAACUUAUCAGUCGUCUCUGUGGUAGUCCUUGUCCAGCAGUGUGGCCUGAUGUUAUCAAGCUGCCCUACUUCAACACCAUGAAACCGAAGAAGCAAUACAGGAGACGCCUAAGAGAAGAAUUCUCUUUCAUUCCUUCAGCGGCACUUGAUCUAUUGGACCACAUGCUGACACUGGAUCCUAGCAAGAGGUGCACAGCUGAACAGACCCUACAGAGUGACUUUCUUAAAGAUGUGGAACUCAGCAAAAUGGCACCUCCAGACCUACCUCACUGGCAGGAUUGCCAUGAAUUGUGGAGUAAGAAACGUCGACGGCAGCGACAGAGUGGUAUUGUGAUAGAAGAUCCACCUCCGUCCAAAGCUUCUAGAAAAGAAACUACCUCAGGGACAACAGCUGAGCCUGUGAAAAACAAUAGCCCAGCACCACCUCAGCCUGCUCCUGUCAAGGCAGAGCCUGGUCCAGGGGAUGCAGUAGGCCUUGGUGACAUCACACAGCAGUUGAAUCAAAGUGAAUUGGCAGUGUUAUUAAACCUGCUUCAGAGCCAAACUGACCUGAGCAUCCCUCAGAUGGCACAGCUGCUUAAUAUCCACUCCAAUCCAGAGAUGCAACAGCAGCUUGAAGCCUUGAAUCAGUCUAUUAGUGCACUGACUGAAGCCAGUUCCCAGCAGCAGGACUCAGAAUCCAUAGCCCCUGAAGAAUCAUUGAAGGAGGUACCUUCUGUACCUGUGGUCCUGCCUCCUGCUGAACAGACAACUCCUGAAGCUUCAAACACACCAGCUGACAUGCAGAAUGUGUUGGCAGUUCUCUUGAGUCAGCUGAUGAAAACCCAAGAGCCAGCAGGUAACCUGGAGGAAAACACCAAUGACAAGAAUAGUGGGCCACAGGGGCCCCGAAGAACUCCUACAAUGCCACAGGAGGAGGCAGCAGCAUGUCCUCCUCACAUUCUUCCACCAGAGAAGAGGCCCCCUGAGCCCCCUGGACCUCCACCGCCGCCACCUCCACCCCCUCUGGUUGAAGGCGAUCUUUCCAGCGCCCCCCAGGAGUUGAAUCCCGCCGUGACAGCCGCCUUGCUGCAACUUUUAUCCCAGCCUGAAGCAGAGCCUCCUGGCCACCUGCCACAUGAGCACCAGGCCUUGAGACCAAUGGAAUACUCCACCCGAUCCCAUCCAAACAGGACUUACGGAAAUACUGAUGGGCCUGAGACAGGGUUCAGUUCCGCUGACACUGAUGAACGCAGUUCUGGUCCAGCCUUGACAGAAUCUUUGGUUCAGACCCCGGUGAAGAACAGGACCUUCUCAGGCUCUGUGAGCCACCUUGGGGAGUCCAACAGCUACCAGGGCACAGGGUCAGUGCAGUUCCCAGGGGACCAGGACCUCCGUUUUACCAGGGUUCCCUUAGCAUUACACUCAGUGGUUGGGCAACCAUUCCUCAAGUCUGAGGGAAAUAGCAACUCUGUGGUACAUGCAGAGACCAAAUUGCAAAACUAUGGGGAGCUGGGACCGGGAACCACUGGGGCCAACAGCUCAGGAACAACGCUUCAGUGGGGGGGCCCAGCUCAGUCUUAUGGAAAACCCUACAGGGGGGCUGCAAGAGUCCUACCACGAGGGGGAAGAGGGAGAGGAGUUCCUUAUUAACACAGAGACAUCAAAUGCCCUGAAAGAUUCCUUCCCUAUCCAUCUUUCCAUCUAGUUCUAUGAACCUUUAAUGAAAUCACCUGCCAGAGCAAGGUAAUCAUCUGCAUUUGGCUACUACAAUGCUGUCUGUUGUUUUCACUUGCUGCUAGCAGGCAAGUCAACCAUGUUGGCACCAGUUCUUCCAAAAUGGGGCAAUAGCCAGAAUAUUUACUUCCGCUCUGUGUACGAGCUAUAGUAGAAAUAUAUGGAGAGAAAGACACAUUCAAUUGAAAAAUAAUUGUUCCAUUAGCUCAUUGCCUGCACUUGAGCAGAAGAGAACUAUUUUGUUUUGAGAUGGCUCUGGAGAGGCUUUGAUUUUUUUUAAAAUUAUUUGUUUUAUUUUCUUGUGUGUGUAUGUAUGUGUGUGUGUAUAUAGUUUGUUUUGAAUUUUUAUUUAGUUUCCUACCCCAAACUCCCUACCGCCCUUGAAAGAGAAGAGUAUUCAAAAGAUCUGAGCUCCUCUAAGGCCUUUGCUAGAAGGGUAACAGUGGACUGGCUGGCUCAAAUGUUUCCUUCCUCUCUACCAUCUCAUAUUUUUGCUUCAGUGAUCACUCCCUUUACCCCUGUUGAGUAUCUUGUACAUACCUUUUUCCAAAUAAAUCAUCCUUAUGUUUGCUCAAUUUUGACAAAAGUUAUGUCCCUCUUCCUGCACACGCAGCAGGCUGUAGACAGUGGCGUUCUCAGGCGAGGAGGCAGACUUCACCCAAUCCUUGGUUUUUGCUUGUUUACUUGUCCCUCUCUCCCUCUUUUCUUUUUUUCUCCUUCCUCCCUUGUGUGUUCACCCCUAUUAUUCUCUUUGUCUCUUUUUGAGGCAUUUGUUUGAAAAAAAUACAUAGUAGAGAUGCCCGGGAACCUGGAAUAAUACUUUGCCCUUUUCUUUUUCCUUUUUUCUUUUCUUUUUUUUUUUUUUUUAAUAAAGGAAAGGAAAUUCAAACUCCUACAUUGUUCUCCGUAACUCUUCAAUUCUAAGAUUUUUGUUUUGUUUUUGUUUUUUUAAGCCACGUUCUGAUGGGAAGUUGAUUUGUUAAUGGACAGCAUAGGACAUUGCUGCUGAGCCAUGGUUAGAAAUGAUACCACCAUACCUACCUAGAGGGGUAAUAAGAUCAGUAAGCAUGUUUACAUGAAUAUUUUUGUGUUUUAAAAAAAGAAGAAAACUUUAGAACAGAGCCUUGUGAUAUUGUCAGAGGAAAUUCCUGAAAAUACAUGAGCACAUAACCUAGUUUAGGUUAUAUAUCUGAAGAUUUAUCAGUUCCUGAUACCUUUAAAGAACAAUUUUUAACAGAGUCCAUCAGAAAGAACAGUAUUGAUAAGUAUAUGUCUCAGCAUGUACAUCCAACCAUUUCUUACAGGGAUCAUUUUUGAUUGUGGUAAAGAGUGUAGUACGGUAUGACUUCCGGAAAAGAACUUUGCCUUUGCAGAACAGGAAAUGGAUGAGAGGAAGGAUUUCAGGGUGGGGUAACUUGAGAGACUUCUCAUGGCUUCCAUUUCUCAGUAUCAGCAUCUGGAGUAUUUUAAAAACAGAUUGAUAUCAUGUAAUUGAGCUGCACCGUUUUAGGCAUUCGUGAACUGUAGGGUAAGCUCCCUUUUACAAAGGCAAACAUACUUCACCGUCUCAGAGAAUAGUUUUCAGAAACUCAAAUAAAUUUCAUGUUUCAAUACCAAGUUCUUAUGUUAAAAUAUAUUUAGAAAGAUAUAUUAAUUUUUUAAAAAUUUAGAGGUGAAAAUACCCUCUUCAGCUACAUUAAAAAGUUAUUUUUCCCUUGUUAGUGAUAAAGCUACCAGUGUGAAUAUUUCUUUAUUUUCUGAUUUUGGUCUGGUUUUGUCAUAGGCCAAACACUAAGUGAACCUUCUAGCCAUUUGGCUUUGAUAGCUUUUUAUGCCAAUAUGUCUGGUUAAAUAUUCUAGACACACUGGCAUGCUAUCCAUAGACUGCAUUACGGUUUAUCUAUACCUUCAGUCUUCUGACUAGUUAGUCCUCAGACGUGGGCCUUAUUUUAAAAUUUUUUAACGUAAGGUAUUGGGCCCCAGACUCCUAUUUUUGAUUAAAGAAACUGAGCUGGGAUACAUUAAGUAUCUGUUCAGUGAAAAAGAAUUGUUUUCCCAUCAAAUAGGAAUAAAUUUCUCUAUAUAUUUUCAUUGUAUUUUGGUUAUCAACAGUCAUCAAUAAUGUUUUCCCUUCCCCUGUCACACUAUAUUUUUAAUUAUGCCAAAUAGUCUAAAUAAUUUAUGUAAGCUUCCAUUCCCUGUCCCUAGGGAAGGGGAAUGAGUGUAUGUGAAUGCGUGUAUAUGUGUGUAUGAUCCCAUUAUGCCCCGCCCCAUUUUGGGAGUCUAGACUUUAAAAAAUAUUUUUAUAAUAAUUUUGACUACUUCUGAAAGCUGAGAAAAAUCUCAUUUAUAUAUCCUGAAACCUGUGUAGAAGAAAAGGAAUUUGGUCAUUUUUUUCAGCUAUAUUACCUGUAAACAUAAUGGAAGUAAAAAUUUGGCUUAAUUUUCAACCUGAAAAGUAGUAAUCUGGUUAAUUCCAUUAAAAAGUGGUUUGAGUUUUAAAAAACUAUUACAUUAUUUUGAACAGAUUUGAAAUCUGAUUCUGUUCAUGAAUAAGAAGCAAAACUGGCUUGACCAUGAUCUUUUUUUUUUUUUUUUUUUAAUGUGGUUUUAAUAGCAGAUUUGCUUAACCCAGUUUCUUUAGUUUUUUCAUCUGUCUAUAGGGAACAGGAUUCUCAAAUAACAUCAGAUCUAUGUAUUUAAAACCAGGGCGGUCAGCACAAAUUUGUAUGUAGGAUUUUUUUUGUUAGCUUAUAAACAUCACCGUGUGUGUGUGUGUGUGUGUGUGUGUGUGUGUGUGUGUAAUAUGCAUAUAUAAGUACAGUGCUAAAGUGGUUACCAGCAGGUUUUGAGAGAGAAUGGUGCAUUGGGAAAGUGUCAGUUGCCACCUCCUUCUUCCUGAUUUACAGGUCUCUGACACUGUAUUCCUUUCUCUCUCUUGUUUUUGACCCCCAUUGGGUGUACCUUGUCUAUGUACAGAUAUUUUGUAAUAUAUUAAAUUUUUUCUUUCAGUUUAUAAAGAUGGAAAGUGGAGAUUGGAAAAUUAAAUAUUUCCUGUUAAUAUACCACUUUUGCUGCAUUGCAUUUACUUCUAAUUUCUGUACCCCUUAAGCAUAUCUAAUCAUGUAUGAAGGACAUUUUUCCUUUAUCUUAUGGGUUCUCUAUUUCAGAAAUGCUAUAGAAUCAUAAACUACUAAAACAAGAAAAUUCCUCAGGGUUUGGAGAGUAGGAAGUAGAGCAUUAAAAAUUGUGUUAGAGAAAUCCAUGAGAAUAUGGUUUUAAAAAGGAAAAGGUAGCAAACAGAUGAUAGUGUGAAGCCAUCAAGAGUUGAGCUUCAUGUACCCUGACUGACUCCUCCUGGCAGGAGAGGUAAGUGGGUUUGAGCUCAAUAGUCAUCAAAAGAAGUUGGUAAGAAGCUAUUUAGAGAAAAAAAAAAAGAAGAAGAAGAAGAAGCUAUUUAGACCCAAAGGAUCUAAAACCAGGCUCCCACCAUUCCACCCAGUCUGGUUUCCACAGUGUACAGAAUUGGGUCAGCAUGUGGAUCGUUGUAUCCAGCUCCCUUUGAGAUUUCCUAACAGUACUAAGAAGUGAAGCAGAUUCUUUAGAGUGUGUGGUAUUCUUAAAAUCUUUUCCAACUCUACCAGAGGUGGGGAAUUGUUUUUAGUUCCUUUUAUGGCUUAAAGGUCCUUGGCAGUGUGUACUGCGGUCUAGCUAGGGAGAAGGCAAAUAAAAUCUAUCAGGAGAAAGAUGAAAAAUGUCUGACAUUUGUAUAUGGGAUGAGCAAGUUAUAAGCCUUAAGGGUUACCUGAGACAUGGAAAAUGAAGGAUUAAAAAACUGCUGCUGCUGCUGCGGGUUGCUGACCUGGACUAAAUUCUCCAUUUUUGGUGUCCCCUGCCUGUGAGCAAAAUCAUACCCUUUUUUACCCUAAAGUAUAAUAUAGAGCUCAAGAUCGUUCCAGUUCCAUGAACCUUGGUACUCCUUACUCCAGAGAUAGUGAAUUUGUUUUAGGACUUUAUGCAUUGCAUGUUUGUGACUAGGUAUUAAUUUCAAGCAACCAGAGAGCACUAUCCCACUUUAUAACAAUAGCUGUCUUAAUCCUGUGUCUAAAGACCGAGGACUUACUGGCCUAAUUAUUUUUCUCUUCAUACACAAAGCCAUUUCCUUAUAGAAAGCCUUUUCAGUAAUCAAGUUUGUUUGGUACUCUUUCCCAGAUACACACCUUAAUUUUAAAAGGCUAGUUUCUAUAGUGAGUUAACAAUGUUCUUGGUAAACGAGUUUCUGUUAUAAAAGUCUCCACCCCCCACUCCCCAGGUGAACUUUUUAAAGUUAUUGAAUGACUUGACUUUUCACAGUUUAGUGGUUCUGAAGGGCUAGGGUAGCAUAAGAAUGAGGAGCUCCUUAGUGAAGACCUGUUCCACUAUUUGAGGGAGAGGCAGGUCUGAAAAUGGGCAUUCCUGGACACUGUUUGGUUUUAAUUGUCUGGCUAGGUUUUCUCAUGUGUAGGAAACCCUCCAAAAGUGUUUCUAGUAUAGCCUUAGGACUACUCAAGAUAAGUAGAAGAUUCCUGCAGCCCAGGUUGGAAGACGCCUGUGGGGUCACUGUGGGGUCCCUGGUGCUGCCCAUCCUUCCUCUCCUUGCUAAGCUGUCACUCCCUGUCCACCCACUUCCUUUCAUUUUCUUCCUCCUCUCCUCACCGUUUUCUCUUCUGUCCCACUCAGGAUCCUACUAGGAUUAAGUCUACCAUAAUUACUGAUGACCUGACUUGGCUGCGUAUUUAGUAGUAUUCUUCAUAGUUUCAAAAUUUUUAUAGGCGAUUCAGAGGACAAAUAAUCUGGAUAUUAACUUGGAGUGGGAGGUAAAGAGCAUACUUUGAUAGUGCCAAGAUAUGGGAAUCUCUGUGAUGUUUCAGUAUUCUACUUCCACUCUUUGAACUCUUCAUCUUCUCCCUCAUCCUAGGAGUCACCUUACUGCUGGUGACAUUUCUAAAUUCAUUUGCAGAGAGUGUAUAUAGGGAGUAAAGGUUGGAGUAGAAAGCAGACAGGCUGGUGGUUAUCACUUGGUAUCAAAGUAUUUUGACCACUAGGUUGCUUUCAUAUCUCUUAUUUCAAAAAUUAGUCAUCCAAUACUGAGAAAGACUGAUGUGGAGUUAGUCUUUCUCAUAAUCUUUAUAUGAAUAAUUGUUGGUGAAGCUUUACUAUUCAGUCCUCAGCUUCAGCAGACUUCUCUGAAGUAGGGAUGUAGGCAUAAAGUUCAUUUAGAUAGAUGUGUCCUUAGGACUUAGAACAAAAUGGAUUUUUAAAAGAUGUAUUAUUUUUCUGUGUGCACAUGCACCAUAUUAUGUGCAGCUACUUGCCCAGGAACGCCAAAAGUGGGUAUCUGAUCCCCUGGAGCUAAAAUUAUAAGUAGUUAUGAGCCACAUGCUAUGGGUAGUGGGAACUGAACUCAAAAGUCUCCUGGAAGAAUAACUUGCUUUUUACUUCAGAGCCAUCUCUCCACACCUCUAUAAAUGAAUUUGUUUUGUUUUGUUUUGUUUUUCGAGACAGGGCUGUGUAGCCCUGGCUGUCCUGGAACUCAGACCAGGCUGGCCUCGAACUCAGAAAUCCACCUCCCUCUGCCUCUGGAGUGCUGGGAUUAAAGGUGUGGGCUACCACUGCCUGGCUAAAUGAAUGUUUUUGGUGUCUGGAUCUUAAAAGUAGCUGUAAAUUCUAGUUUAUUAUUUUAAAGAUAUACAAAGUAUCAAACUAAACUAUCACUUGAGAGAGGCUUAUUGAAGUAGUGUUUUUAAAGGAUAGAGUGUAGAAGUCUUUGCUUAACUGAAGAAAGUCUUGGAGGGUUUUUUCUCUACCUUAAAGGGGUGUCUCAGAACUUUGAAGGUGCAAAAUUAGAGAUUGCUGUGAGGCAGCACUCUAUACUGGGCUAAAACAAGUUUGAAUUUGUUCAGUUAUGGAUAAUCAGGCGAAAUUCAAACACUUAACAGAUGCGUAGGAACCUGGUACCCUUACAUUUCAGGAAGUUUUAGCUUUUGCUUCAGACCAGUGUUUGCAACUUCUAUUAGGACUCAAAGGCCUUGCUUAAAAAAAAAAAAGUCAAAAAAACAACAACCAAGAAACAGCAUAAAGAGGUGGUAGCAGAAAUAGGGCAGGAGGGAAAACUCCUAUAGCUGCCUGGCAAUGGUCUGUGAGAAGAGACAAUUGUGAUUGGGUUAGUAAAAUUUUAGGGGGUGUUUGCUUUAGAGCUUCACAAUUUAUUUCGGGGCAGUUCCAUGAGGAUAGUUAAUAAAGAGUCUUCCCUCAGUCAUACUAGUACCUUUAGUGUUAGACGAUAGGCCUAGAACCCCAGACUAUUACAGCUAUUGAUUGACUCUUAAAGACAUUCCUUCAGGGAGUCUAAAGAAAAUCAGAAAUAAUAAAUACACCAUUUGUGUUAUUUAAGUCUACCAUGUAACUGGCUGCCCUGAAAUUCACCAGUCUGGCCUCAGACUCACAGAGAAACAUCUGCCCUCUGGACUUCAGGGAUUAAAGGCACAUGCUUGUCCUUUAAACAAAAGUAUAAAGCAGAUAACUGAUAUGUGACAUUUGCAUAACAAUGCUGUCUACAUAGUUCAGGUAAUAAGGAAGUAACAUGCUAAAGUUAAGAAUUAUUUGUAUUUUUUUGUUGUUGGCUUUGGUUCUUUUUAAUUUUGGGACAGUGUCUGUGUAGUCCCAGCUGAGGACCAGGCAGGUGUGGAACUCCCAGAGCUUCGCUUGCCUUUGUCUCCCAAGUGCUGGGAUUGAAGGCAUAUGCCACCACACCUAAUACAAGUUUAUAAAUUGCAAAUGAUUUUAUAUAUUUUAGAUCAACCCUUCAAAUUGUUCAUUUUUCCCUUGGUUUAGAUGAGCAGUGCCUAGAAGAACAGAAUAUAUGGACUAAGAGCCUCAGAAUGAAUGAGCUACAGGCUUACUUCAGUGCCAACUUAGACAAAUGAGAACACAGACCCAGAAAGGCAGAGAAACCUAUGCUGUUGGGAGAAAGUAAGGAAAGGGGAAUUUAUGUUAAGAUACCUACUAUAUGUUAGGCAGUGUGCUAGGUGCUUUGCAUUUAGUUUGUGUGUGCAGGGACUCACUGUGUAGUUGUAUCUGGCCUGAAACCCAUAAUGUUGACCAGGUUGACCUUGAACUCUGCCUCCCAAGUCCUGGGAUUAAAGGUGUGCACCAUCACACACAACUACUUUGGGGCACCUUGAAGCCAAAAUAGGAGGGAUUAAAGGCAAAUUUCAUUGAAUAUUGUAAGCUAUAUAUAAGAUGUAAGGGAAAUGGCAGGUCACUUUUUUCUUUCUAACCCCAAGGAGGAAGUGAAGAAUAAGCAUUUUAGGAUGAGAUUAGGCUGAGGAAAUAAUCACUGGGGAAUUAAAGGCGCAUGUAACUUCACUAUUCUAAAAUGGUGGUCGGAGACAUCAGAAUUAAUUUUCAUCCUAGAAAUUCAGAUUAUUGCCGGGGAACAUGGGAUUCACUUUAGCUAUAAUAGGAAAUAGGCCCUAAACAUGGUGGUUGGAAAGCAGCGGCAGAAGGGUCAGAAGUUUAAGGCUCCUCAGCUCCAUAGUGAAUCCAAGGUCAGUCUGGGAUAGGAGAGAUCCUGUUUGGUUUUUAAUGUUUUUGUUUUGGGGUGUAAUUUUUUGUUUUUGUUUUGAAACAGGAUCUCACUGUGUAUCUCUAGCUAACCCAGGAUUAACAUGGAAAUGUGCCUGCCUCUCCUUCCCAGAUGCUGGGAUUAAUGAGGGACAACACCACACCCUGAGAAUUUUUUUUUUAAUAUAAUAAAAUGAGUUUUCAUUCUUAAGGUAUACUUAAAGAAAGUGUUUAAAUACUAUGAAUCAAGGAGGGUUUUUUGUUGUUGUUUGUUGUUUUUUUUAAAUGUGCAUGGUGUUUUGUUUACAUGUGUAUCUGUAUGUUGGGUCAUCUGAAACUGGAGUUACAGUUUGAGCUGCCAUGUGGGUGCUGGGAAUUGGACUCAGGUCUAGGAGAUACUUUUUUUUAACGUAUGUAUAUUUUGCCUAUAUGUAAUUCUGCACCACGUGUGUAGCAUGGUGUUCAUUGCCUGCUGUGCGGCCAGAAGGCAUCAUAUCCCUUGGAGCUGGAAUUACAGACAGUUUUGAGCUAGCUUGUGGCUACUGGGAAUCAAACCCAGGUUCUCUGAAAGAGCAGCCAGUGCUCUUAACUACUGAGCCAUCUCUCCAGCCCUUAUUUUAUUUUUUAUUUUUGUUUUUAAAUGUUUGAAAUAAUGAAACUGAUUUUGUAAUUUUUAAAAAAAUUAUUGUUUUGUUUUUUGAGGAAGAGUCUCUGUUUAGCUGUGACUGUCUUGGAACUAUGUAGACCAGGCUGGCCUGAAACUCUGAGAUCUACCUGUCUCUGCCUCCCAAAUGCCGGGACUAAAGGUGUGUACCACCACUGCCUUGCCAGAAUUUGUAAUUUUGGAAAAACUUGUGUCCUGUGGAGCAGGUGACAGCCUGAAAGUUGGCAGAAUAGAAUAAUGUAUCCAGAGAGUUAUACCAUGAGAACCCACUCACUGAGGAGUCACAGUAUCCUUAAGUCAUGUCCUAUACUCAGAAUGAGCAAGUGCACUGAGAGGUUCUCUCGUUUAGGAAGCUUCUGGGCCUAGUGGGAGAGGUGAGUCUUACUCUUGGCUAAGGUAUAGGAAAUGGAUAUUUUUUAUUUAGUCUGCUGUGCUUUUUUUGUUUGAAACAGUCUUACUAUAUCACUCAGAUUGGCCUCAAAACUGUAAUCCAGGAUGACCUCGAUUUUGCUUCAAGAGUUUGGGGGUUAUGGGCAUGUACUGACUUAAGAAUCUGUAUUUUAUAAGUCUAUACAUUGGAUGUGCAGGUUAUGAAAUGAGUGUAGCCUCAACAAGAAGCCAAAACAAAGAAAUAACCAGAAAAGGCUGAGUUAGUCAUGACUCUGAGAGUAAAAAUGGCAGAAAUGGCAGAGCACACAACUCCAUGUAAGUUUUCAGGAACCCAAGUAGCUCCUGUCUUGCUCUUUCUCUUUCUGUAACUUUUGGGAGAGAGAAGACUUGGGUUCUGUGCCCUAUAAAAAAAGAGCUUCUCGCUGACUGUGAUGGUGCACGCCUUUAAUCCCAGCACUCGGAAGGCAGAGGCAGGCGGAUUUCUGAGUUUGAGGCCAGCCUGGACUACAAAGUGAGUUCCAGGACAGCCAGGGCUAUACAGAGAAACCCUGUCUCGAAAAACCAAAAAAAAAAAAAAAAAAAGAGCUUCUCACUAGCAUCACAGGCCUAAAAUAGGAGGAAGCAUAGAGAAGACGGUGUAUGUCUGUUCCCAGCACAGGGUUGUCAACUUACUGGCUAGAAUGGAACAGGAAAGGUGUAUUAAGAAACGAAGUUGGAGCCGGUUGUGGUGGCUCACGCCUUUAAUCUCAGCACUUGGGAGGCAGAAGCAGGCGGAUUUCUGAGUUGUAGACGAGGCCAGCCUGGUCUACAAAGUGAGUUCCAAGUCAGCCAGGGCUAUACAGAGAAACCCUGUCUCAAAAAAAAAAAAAAAAAAGAAAAAGAAAGAAAUGAAGUUGGAAAACCAGUCUUAGUUGCCUGAAUUAGGAUUUGAACUUUGGUUUAUUAAAUAGUUAUAGGGAGCAAUAGAAGUGAGCUAAAAAUGAUGUUGAAGCCUUUCAUAACUUUAUUGGGCCAAGGAAAUAAUUCUUUAGAAUGCUGUUCUUGCCCAGACUUAAGGCAAUAAAGACUGUCACUAGUGUGAGACCAGGGGACUCCAAAGAAAGGAGGGGAGUUCACAGGAGUUAGGCUUGCUGCCAGCAUAGGUGUGAGUGGGGUGUGGGUUGGGGAGGUUAAAGGAUGGUUUCCAGAUGAGGGUCCCAGGACACAGUUGAACUGAUGGUAAAAGUUAGGUAAGAGGUGGCUGCUUAGUUGCUAAGAAGCAGGUGCUUGUUAGCUACAUGCAGUGUACCUUUGUUCAGUGUUGAAGAAGACAGGAGCACACCCUACUAAAGGAGGACUGGAGCAUGCAUUGUGACCAUAUGCCUCCAGUACCUGCCCCAAGCUUUUUUCACUUUGGAGAACCAGGCAAGAAAGUCUGAUCCUGGUAUAUAGCAAAGACAUCAAAACUUCUAGCUCAUGUUAUCUGGGGAAGAAUAUAGAGGUGAUUUUUAGUUGGUUGUGGUGUUUUGUUUUUUGUUUCUUCUGUUAUGCUUUAAAGAUGGGAAAUGAAUGCCUGUGGCGGUGUGUGCUGUGGAAGCACAGUCUUCUGGCUUGAUUCUUGGAAGGCCUUUUUCUGUCCCUCCCUGGGGCUCAUUUGUAUAUCUGGUUCCUGCUCCCAGAGCCAUAAAGUGGGAGCCCCCAUUUAUUAAUUGGGUUGGGACUGGGGAGGGGGUCGGCAGGGGACUCUUUAGUGCAGCAGGCAGGGGUCUUUCCGAAUGAGCCCAUUAGCCAGCCCCAACGGCAGCUGAAUCGGGGCUGCAGCCAAGUCCUCUCCGUUUCAAAAACCCUCCAUCGCCUGCAGCAGAUCAGAACAAGGCCUGCGGGAGCCCUUAGCUUCUGAUUGCAGCUGUGAGGAAGGACAAAACAAUUUAUAGGAAGCCAAGUAGCUCUUGUCUCACUGUCUUUCUCUUUCUGACUUUGGGGAGAAAGAAGGCUGGAAUGCUGUGUCCUCUCUCACCGAGGUUUCUUGCAGGCAUGUACAGGCACAAAGUAGGAGAAAACAGGAGUGUGUGGGAUUUGGUAUUUUUCUCUGCUGUGGGUAUAUUUACAUAUCCUUCCCAUCUACAUACAGUUGUGUUGGACUAGCAACCACUAAGUAUAUGGGCUUUCUAUAUAGGGUUCCCUUGGGCAAAGUCAAGUGUGUAUGCAGUAUGCCAGUCUGAGUGUGGGCAGAGACAGUCUGCCUGCUUUAUCAAGAUGAGAGAGUUAGCUCCCUUAACUUUUCCUCUUAGGAGGAAGGGCUUAGCAUUUAGAAGAACUCAUUUGCUGCUUUAUUCAAAGUGUAUUAGAAAGGCAUAUACUACAGUGGUACUGCGUUCUACAGUGGCAUAGAGAAGGGUGUCGGGCCUGAAUAUCACAGGGGAGGGAGGUCUUCACCUUACAGAAUUAUAACUUUCCAGAGCUAAAGAGAGGUAUGUAAUCCAGCCUCUUUUUAGAGCAUGAUGCUGAAGCUUAAAGAAGGACAGUGUCUCAUCCAGUCAUGCAAUAAGACUGUUGCGCUAUCUAGGACUAGCUCCAGAGGCAGAAUAUUAAUCUACAUGAAUAAGCAUGAAGCCCUCAGCUUUUCGAGUGCCUGUUCCUAAUAACCCAAGGCUACUUUAAGAAGGGAAAAAACAGAUUCUGAAGGGGGAGAGACAGAAAUUGAGGAGGAAAAGUAGAUUUAAAGCUAUUAGUAUGAAACCAUGUUAUGUAUCAUUCAAGAAUAAUCUCUUAGUAACCAAGUGUGGUAACAUACACCUUUAACCUCGGGUCAGUAGGUGGAGACAAGCAGAUACUAAGGUCAGCCAGCGCUACAUAGUGAGACACUGUCUUAAAUUAGACUCCUUCACAGCCAGUUAGAUAGCUUGUAAAAGUGCCUAGUCUAGCAAAUUGAGAUCUAUCCCUAGAACCCACAUAAUGGAAGGAGAGAACCAAUACCUGCAAGUUGUCCUUUGACCUCCACAAACACUGGCACAGGCAUCCCUCCCAUACACAUAUACAUAAAUGUAAUUUUGAAAAAAGAAUGGCAUGCAAAUUUUACAAAUAAUUUUUAACAAUAUAACUAAAUUGUUGGGAAGAAAGUGGUAGUCAUAGCCAAAGAUCUUAAUGCCCGUAGAGUUACCCCAAAUUUUCAAAGAACCCUUGGCCCCAAACUAAGGGACUGAUACUAGGGAAAACCUCCUCAGAGGCAAAGUGAAAAAUUCAUACCAAAUCUCAGCUUAGGUUCUUUGUCAUUAUAAUAAAUUUAUGUCGGAAGAAUCCAAAUGGAGAGAGAGCACCUUGAGGCAAGGCUAGAGGGAGUUUCACUGAAUGGGAUAUGGAAUCAUGACUCAGGAGAGUUGGUGGGCACCUUCUGCCUUUCUCUUAUUUGUAGAGCUAGGGGAAGCUAUUUGGUGUUCUUGGACCGUGCAUAAGGAAAAGUGUUGCACAGUGGUCAGAACCAAAAAUAAGCUUAUCAGGGCUGGCCUAUGGGACAGAUACUAUAAGUCAUCUCAUCCUGGGGCUGGGUCUGCUGUACCUCCUUAUGCUUGCUUUUACUGGACAUAAAAAAUUGGGAACCUGUUAGUAGCAAAAAGGAAAAUGCUGACGAAAGCAGCAAAAUGCUGAGCAACAUGAAGAUAGUUAAGGUCUGUGUUAGGGAUCUACCAACUGAUACUGUCCGUGGAUAACAAGGAGACAGAUCCCAUUGUGUAUCAUUUGUGGUCAGUCCACUGCAUUAUAGUUGAAAGAAUAUAGGAAUAUGGGGUUAAUCUCCAUGCAAAGACUUUGUUCCUGCAAAGGAAAUGCACAAUAAACCUAGUUACCCAAAUUGCAACUAAUCUACUCUUGUAAACCUUUCUGUUUCAUAACUAAGGCCAUUUUCUGACUUUAAACUCCUUAAAGAAGCUGUGAUGAACAAGAGAACCUCCAAUUGAAGAUGGUGGUCUGGUCUAAAGUUAUGUUACCCCCUCCAAGUUAGAAUCUUGCAUUAACCAUAACAUGCAUUGGCCUCUAUAGUAUUUCUGUGUUUCACAGCUUGUAUUCUAUUAAAUUUUCUGACAUAUACCUUAAGUAUCAGGGCCAUGGUUUUUUACUUAUCAUCCUGGGAACUAGUCUUUGGAGGUAGGAAUCUGGAACAGUCAGCUCUUCUGGAAGAAUUCUUAAGAUUCAUUUGCCACUUUGGGGGCAUGUAGGUUUAAGAGAAUUGGAGAAAAAGCAACCAUCAUACUGUUACUGUUACUGUAGCUGUCAACAUUGUAAUCUCCGAUGCAUGACCACAUACCCUCUUUGCACUGGUUGCUUGUCCUGUGUCUAAUGUAGCUUCUUAUUUUUCUUUGCAGAUAGCAGCAGCAGGGAUGGCCUUUGAAGAACUCCAGACACCCAUCAGUUACCUUGCAUCCAGAGCCUCUCAAACAAUCUCAUUCACAAUACUUGAAGCCAGGUUCAGUGGAAAAGUCCACCUAUCCAAACACUGCAUGAGACACCAGAAGUGGAGGCCUGCAGCUCUGCAGUCAUUCCCAGAGCCGGCAUCUCCACCUUCCCUACCUGAGAGUAGAUGUGGAAGCCAGACCCAGAGAGGAAGAACAAAUUGAAUCCUGCUCUGAAGUUGCUUUAUGUUCUGGAUUUGGAGAGUUCCUGGGAGCAUUGGGCAAGAAAAAAUAGGUACUUUGCCUGAGUAUAUGUCUGCGCAUCACUUGAGUGCUUGGUUGUUGGAGACCAGAAGAGGGCAUGAAGCCAGAAGAGAGCAUGGAUCCCCUGGAACUGGAAUUAUAGAUGGUUGUAAUUUGCCAAGUGGGUGUUGGGAAUCCAACCCAAGUCCUCUGGAAAAUAACCAGUUCUCUGAACUCCUAAGCAAUCUCCAGGCCCCUAUUUAUUUUAUAAUUAUGUGUAUGCAUCUGUGUCUGCUUGUUGGUAUGUGCAGAUGAGUGCAGUUGCCUCAGAGGUCAGAAAAGGGCACUGGAUCCCCUGGAGCUGGUGUUACAAGUGGUUGUCAGCCCCCUGGCAUGGGUGCUAGGAAGCAGACUGAGAUCUUCAGCAAGAACAAGUGUUCUUAGCCACCGGGCCGAGUCCUCAGCCUCUCCUACACAUUUUUAAUAGAGUGACUGGACCAACAGGAUGGAAGUAUCCACUCCCCGUGGGUAUUGCUUUACUGAUGGGUGCUAAUGAGAAUUAUAUCAUCUUCCUCUUUGUAGUGAGAAAAUUCCUUACUCUCCUUAUGUCUGUGUAUGUCUUUGAGACAGGGUCCCUCUGAGUCCAUCUGUCCUGGAGUUUCCCGGCUGGCCACAAGCUUGCAGAGCUCCUCCUGCCUCUGCUUCCCAAGUGCUGAAAGUAAAGGCGUGCACCACCAUAUCUGCCCUUAACAGAAACACAAGAGCAAGCUACUAUGGAAACAUUCCUUGUCAUAGUAGGUAGCUAGCUUGCUUCUUUCCUGUCUUUGUUUUGGUUUCAUUCAUUUAUUCAAGACAAGGUUUCAGGCUGGAGAGAUGGCUCAAUGGGUAAGAGUACUGACUGUUUUUCCGAAGGUCCUGAGUUCAAAUCCCAGCAACCACAUGGAGAUCUGACGCCCUCUUCUGGUGUGUCAGAAGACAGCUACAGUGUACAUAUGUAUAAUAAAUCUUUGGGCCAGAGCAAGCAGGGACUUAGCGAGUGGGGCUUAUUACCAGAGUGAGCGGAGUUGACCAGAGAAAGCAGAGGUCCUAAAAAUUCAAUCCCCAACAACCAAAAGAAGGCUCACAACCAUCUGUACAGCUGCAGUGUACUCACAUCCAUAAAAUAAAUAAAUCUUAAAAAAAAAAAGAAAAGAGAAAAAGGAAAUCCUUAAAGAAAAAAAAAAAAAAAGACAAGGUUUCUCUGUGUGGUCUUUGCUGUCCUGGUGUUGUCUCUGUAGACCAGACUGCCUUGAACUCAGAGACUUGUCUGCCUCAGUCUCCCAGGUUCCUUUGAAACAGGCUUUUCUGUAGACCUGGCUAUCUCAAACCCAUUACAUAGUUGAAAGUGACAUUAAACUUCUGAUCCUCCUGCCUCUACCUCCCAGGUACUGAAGUUACAGGUUUGUUUCACCAUAUCUUGCUUUUAUAGAUGUUUUAAUUGAAAUAAUUAUAGAUUGACUUUCAGUUUAAAAAAUUAUACCAAGAUCUGGGGGUAGUGGUUUAUGCAUGUAAUCUCAGUACUCAAGAGGCUGAGACAAAAGAAUUGCCUAAAUCUGAGAUCAGUUUGGCCUACAGAGAGAGUUCCAAAUCAGCCAGGGGUAAAGUAAAGCCCUGCCAUCACAAACAACAAAGCAAAACAAAGCAGGCUGGGUGUGUGGCGGUACACCUUUCUGUAAUCACAGCACUCGGGGAGUUUGUGAGUUGGAGGCCAGCCUCAUGUACAUAGUUGUAGCUAGUCAUAGCUACAUAGUGAGACUCUGUCUCAAAGAAACAAAGGCUGGGGAAUGGUUCAUUGAGUUGAUGUGUCUGCCGCAUGAACAUGAGGGCAUGAGUUCACAUGCUUCACAGAUGUGUAACCCCAGCACUAGGGGUAGGGGGAAACAGGUGGGUCUCCAGAGGUGCUAAGUAGCUACUGACCAAUUGUUGAUUCUUUGGUUCAAUGAGAGAUCCUGUGGCAAAAAAUCAGGUGAAGAGUGAUACCCAUCAAUAUCUAGGAUCUGUGUGCAUAAUCACACAUGUACCCACAUGGAUAUAUAUACACAAAUACAGACACACAAAAAAAGAGGCCCCCUGAAUGGUAUUACUUUCCAAAAUUGUAAUAAAAUGUAUCUAUAAUGAUA